GCGCUUCCGUAAAGCAGUGACAAAGAUGGCGGCCGGCGCCGCAUCAGGAACCGUUGUAGUUCCCCGCAACUUUCGGCUGCUGGAGGAAUUGGAGGAAGGUCAGAAGGGACAUGGAGACGGUACAGUGAGCUGGGGCCUCGUGUGUGAUGAUGACAUGACGAUGACGCACUGGAAUGGCACGAUCAUCGGCCCCCCAAAGACUGUCUAUGACGGCAGGAUAUACAGUCUGAGAAUAGAAUGUGGACUCAAAUAUCCAGAGCAUCCCCCUCAUGUCCGCUUUGUGACUAAGAUCAACAUAAACUGUGUACACAGUUCAAAUGGUGUGGUUGACGUAAAGUUGCUGUCAUUGCUGUCCAGGUGGAAAUCCUCCUACACCAUCCGGAUGGUGCUGCAGGAGCUCAGACAGCACAUGACGUUAAAAGAAAACAACAAGCUUUCCCAACCAACCGAAGGCCAGGUGUACAGCAACUGAGACACCUGCUGCUAUCCACACACACAUGCACACACACACCCACACACACAGGCUCACACACACACACACACACACACACACACGCACACACACACACACACACACACACACACCAUCGCGCACACAUGCAUAGCAUCCUAAACACCUAACACUGACUGUACCACUUUCAAACUACACAACCAUGAUGUUAUCCAAGACUGUCGACUCCCACUUCCUCCCUCAGGAGCCUCCCAUUGGACAGAGAGAGGGAUGUGCACCCAGUGCCCAGUCAUCCAUCAAAGGUCACGGUGCAGACCAGACAUUACAAAACAAAAAUACUGUACAUCUUACUAAUGUUAUUUUUUAUUCUCUUUGUGUUCUACAUCCAGAUUGUAAAAUAACACACGACCUGAUUGAGUGUACCCGCUGGUUUCUUCUCGAGUGGUGACAGUUAGUCCCUGUCCUAUGGGUAUGGUGGUGAGGGAUUUGAAUUAACCCACUGCUCAGCCAAACACAUUUUCUAAUAUAACCCCAACCAAAAUGUUAAAUGUUUGCAUCAGUCUGGGUUGUUUUGAAACAAACUAGCAUCUCGCAGUAUGCGCAAACAGAGAAAAACACGUCCCCAACACGAUGCUUCGCUUGAUCUCCCAGGUUAGUCUCAAAUUCCCCAGCUUCCGCAAUCCCGACGAUGUGAAUCUCACGGGCCUUCCUUAAACGAAUGCAUGCCCGGUACAUGGGAAUAAACUGCUACUAGACAUUCAGCAACGUAUGUAUCAACGGGGCACUGCUGGCUCAUCACUCAUGUUCUCAGACUUGUCUUCUGUGUGCCAUAUGGUUCAUAGCGCUUUGUGAUGGUGAUUGAUUAUUAGCAGCCAGUGGGAGGGGGAUGGGUGGGGGGGGGCUACAGGUCCCUGUGCUUUCUCUCGGAGAGCAGAGUCUGUGUGCUUGGCACCUUUUCAGGGUCACCACUGUACUGAGCAGGAGGAGCUGUGACUUUUUUUUUUUUUUUUUUUUUUGCUGUUUUUGGGUUCUUGUUUUGGUUUCUUUAGUCUCUGGGCUGACCUGUGUAUACUCCAUGGAGCCGUCUCUUCUCUCAUACAGUGAAUGCCCACUGAACGCAAUGUACGGCUUUGGAUGUUUAUUUUAUAACAGGUUGAAUCUAAUCAGGGUGAUGGUGACCUGUUGCAUGGUUUUAUUUGAAUUAAACGUUAUUACUUUUGCA